UUUCAUUCCACUAUGUCAAACACUCCACAGAUUUUAACAUUCGUUAUGAAUAGAAUUCCUUGUGAUUUCUUGCAAACUGCAAGUACCUAAAUACCUACCAGCUAGUCUACCUAUUGUAGUUAUUUGAUUUGUAGUGUAAACAUUGUAAUAAAAUUGUAGGCGUAAAGUAUUCUCUAAACCCUUUAAAAUGAGAAAAGGUUUAUUUUAUUAUCCGUGUUUAGUUGUUGGUUAUAAAAUAAAUGUCAUGUUUCUUACAUUUUGCUUUGUCGAUAUUAUGUGUUGAUAAAUUGAAUCUGGAAAUUCAAAGUGGCAUAGUGUGAAUUUUGAGUGUAAUAAUGCCAGUUCAGCAAAUAAACGUGAAAAAUUCGAGUGAAAUUGAAAGUUGGGAAUGGGGUGGUGGAUGUGGCAAGGAGACGAUACGUGCAGGAUCUGGAAGCAGCCAGACUUCUUGCAGUAAUUCUAGUGGUGAUAUCUGCAGAAUUUGUCAUUGUGAAAGCGAGACCCAUAAUCCGCUGCUGGCACCCUGCUAUUGUUCUGGUAGCUUAAAGUUUGUCCACCAAAGCUGUUUACAACAAUGGUUGACAGCAUCGGAAACAAGAUCAUGUGAACUCUGCAAAUUUAAUUUCAUAAUGCAUACAAAGAUAAAACCAUUUAAUGAGUGGCGUCUCUUGGAGAUGUCAGGCGUUGAAAGGCGGCGUCUAUGCUGUGCUGUCCUGUUUCACUGCGUUGCUGCACUUUGUGUCAUGUGGUCACUGUUCGUACUUAUAGAGAGAGCUGUUGAGGAGGUCAACAAGGGACAGAUUGCUUGGCCAUUUUGGACAAAAUUGGUGGUUGUUGCUGUCGGUUUCACGGGCGGAGCUGUGUUUAUGUACAUUCAGUGUCGUCAGUACUUACACUUGUGCAAUCGCUGGCGAGCCCAUAAUAGAAUAUUGCUCAUACAAAACGCGCCAGAAAAGGUGCCGAUUAGUUUGUCGCCGCCGUUGCGUAGUAAGAGACGGGAGAGGAGUGCGAGGGGGCAGGUAGUAGCCAAUAUUGAGCCUUUGCCCCCUCCGGCUGCGUACCACGAGGAGGAUGAAAGUGGGGGCUUCGAGACCUAUAGGGGUAAUCCACAUCGGCGGCUUUCUGCGCUUAAUGAAGACCGUCUGAGUACGGACAACCCCAGACUGAGAGCUGAACCGGAAGAGGUCCGGCGUUACUCGGACACUCGUCUUUCACAUCCGGUUACAGUUGCCGUUGAAGAGGUUGUCACACAACCUACUGAGGGAGGCGUAUACCACAUCGCGGUAGACCCCCUAGAAGCCGAUAUACGCUCGCUUCUCGCACUCGAAGCCCGUCGCGAGGCGCGCGCGGCCCGCUCUCUUCCGAAUUUGCGCGCGAGUCGCGAGUCCCUCCUGAACCCUAAUCACCCUUCCUGAGGUAACCUCACCCUCUACCUGGACGAUAACAUCUAUUAGGUAAGUGCUAAUUGACAGUGUUUGAACCCCCCAUUCGUCAUUAGUCGUUACGCUUGUCGUUUAGUGGCUUAGUGAUCGCUACAUGGAUGCGGUGAGUCCCCGAGUUCAGUGUUAGAUAAGUGACUAUUGAGUAAGUAAUAUUCGUGCUUAGUAGUAAGUGUGUUAUCGGAAUUAUGUUACUAAUUUGGAAAUUGAUUCGAGGUCAGCCUCAGUCAUGUCAGCUGUCAAGUCUGUGACAGUUGAGUUCGACAGCUGACAGAUGAUAUGUGUAAAAAAACUUGUAAAUUGCUGAAUGUGCAAGCGUUUUAUUUUCGCAAUUCUUAAAAUGUUUAACUACGCUCGUUAAAUUAUGAAUCAUUCAUAUUCUUUAAAUACAACACUUAUAUGAAAUUAAAAGUUAUAUAAAAUGCCAAAACCUUGAAUAUAAAUUCACAAUGUUAUGAGAUAAAAUCGCAAUUUAGUUUUGAAAAUAAUUUUUUGCGAUCCAUACCAGCCAGUAUUUAUUAACCUCUAUGAGUAUUAUGUUUUUGGCGCUAAAUAUAAAACCUUUUGUGAUUUACAUGUGUCAAUUGUCAAUUGAAGUCGAAGUUGACCUCUUCAAGCUUCAAGUUGAUUGACAAUAUUUUUUGUGCGAAAAUUAUGUGUGUAUACAAACUAUAUUUUGUUCACGUAACUAUGGUUUUUGCACUAGGUCAUAUAUGUAAUGUUAAUCUGACCCCUAUGUACUAUUCGUUACUUUAGAUAUAUUUAUAAAUGAAUAUGAAAAGCUACUUAAUUGGUUGGUGUGGAGGAACUUAUAUCGGCUUAGUUUUUAUAUAAGUGCCAUUUUGAAUCCUUGAUACUUCCAAUUUGCUAAACAUUCACAGUAGUCAAGCGCUUAGUGUAAAUAAAUAAGUCAUUUUUAUGAAUUUAUUUCAUUUGACAUGCUGCAGACAAACUUUUGGCUUUAAAAAUUGAGUAUUUAUUUAUUUAUUUAAUUAUAUUAAUAUUAAUUAUAUUAAUUUUCUGAUAGGGUAAAUCGAAAACCACGUAAAAAAUUAGAUUUCAGAGUUGACAGUCAUUUUAAUUUCGUUACGGUCCAUAAAGAGUAGACAACUAGUGCACUAGCAUAGAUAAUUGAUAUGUAAAUGUUACAAACUAGCUUGUUAAAGUUGCCUUGUAAAACCCAAGAAAAUUGCAAUACAUUUGAUGCAAUAUUAAAAUUAAAUCAUCCACAAUUAUCAAGACUUUCUAAGUAUCUAUGAGUUACUACUAAUAUUUUUACGUGGUAUUUCGUUUUUUAGGAUUUUCAUGUUCCUGUUACGAUAUUCCGUCCUUGAUUAAUAUUUUCUAAUAAUGCUCAUGAUAUUGCCAUAUUACGAAAUUCUGAAAAAAAAAACUUUUUCUGCGAAGUUUUUACGAUCUGUAAUGCUUUUUGUAAACUUAAUAUCAAAAUUAAUGAUGAGGAAAUUAUGGAAUCACAAUUUUUCUUAGUUGAAUAAAAACAGAAGUAUCUGUCAACGUGGGCCAGAGACUUUCUACUGGUGUGUCUAAAUUUUCUCAUUAGUAAUAUUAUCUGAUAUACUUUCUGGGAAUAAAGAAAUUAUAAUUGUUUUUUUCAUUACACAACUUCAUAAUAGCUUUUAGAACCGAUUUUAGUCGGAUCGGAUACGAAAGCUAAAACUUAAAAAAAAUAUUUACACACUGAAACCUGGUUGAUAGGGAUCUGAUAGAAUCUGCAUUUGUAUACCUUAUUCGAUUAUUUAAAUGAUCCUAAUCCUUGGGAUUGUUAUCCUCCAAUUCAACAUUUUGUAUGGCUCGAAACUUGGCUAUUAAAUAGUGGCUAAGAAUUUUUUGCCUGCUCUACGCCAUUGACUUGCGAACUGGUAGUAAAUGUAUUAUAAUUAAUUUAGCAUAUUUCAAUUGGCGUUCAUAAGUACUUAUUUAACCAGGUAUAAAGUUAUAUCAAUUCACCUUGAGUGCAGAUCAAUGCUUGUGAUUGUACUAUUAAACGUAUCGGAAUCUGAUAAGUUUUCUCACCUGCACACAGCUACAGAGUCCCAAUUGCAGACGCCUGGUUUCAAAUUUAUCCCAUGUCCAAUUUACAGCGGUAAUUCGAUGAAAAAGUAUAGGGAUCUCUUUGCAAUUCUCAUUAAGAAGAUUGAAAAGAAUGUUUUUUGUAGCAUGGCAAUAUAAUUUUUGAGAAUUAUGGUAACUUUGGAAUGUCAUGUUUCUUUGCCUUGUGUAGGUAAUACGCUUUGACUCUUAUGUAGAGUACAAAUUAGAUAAGUUGAAGCUAUUUUCUUUAUAUUGCAUUUUACAUUAGUAGCAGAAUCUCAUUUUAUCAAAUCAUCGCUCUCUUUAACAAAUAAAACGUGCAGUUAUUCUUGGCUGAUUAUCGAUAAGUUCCGUUUUGGUUCAUUGUUUUAUAUUCAGGCAUUUAUGUAUGUUCAUUAUUGUUUGCGAGAGAUAUUUGAAUAAAACUCAAAUUAAUUUGAACGCAAAUUAAAAUAACACUUAGUUUUUUAUAAGGGCAAGGUUUUUGCUGACCAUGACUGCAAAUCGACUUAAGUAUAAUCGCGUUAAAGAGUUUUAUUUAAACAAUUAAAAGCCAGUUUCCUUGUGUUUUAUGUAAAUAAGUUUAACAUCACAUAUGUAUAAAGUGUAAAAUAUUUGUAUAUAAUAUGUAUCUCAAUGUACGGGCGAAUGUAGUAUAUAAUUCCUGGUAGAUUUAGAAUUUCAGUACAACUUCGGCAUUUUCAUUUUGCGGCCAUUUUGUGUGAUUGUUGUGAAUGUCAUAAAUGCGUACACGUCUACGUAUGUGCACGUUAGACGAACUUGUUCAUACACACAACUUUUUGUAACGUAUUAAUACACAAACGUAAGAUUUAAAAUAUAGCUAUCCUUUUCCAUAUCUAAUCAUUAAAAGAAGAUAUGUAAAGUUAUAAUCCUACAUUAAUUUUCAGCUUGUUUAUUAAUACAACAAAAAUAGUUCAGAAUCUUUGAAUUAAAGUCUCUCUGUGUUUAUAUGUGUAUAAAUUCGACCAAAUGUUAUAUGUAUAUUUAAGAAUAAUUGGAAAUAUAAGAGUUAAGUAUUUUAAUGUUCGUUUCAACCUAUCGUGUGUACAUUCAAAUGUAAUGAUGAGAACGUAAAACUACAGACGAGAAGCAUACGCUAUUCCGAUUGGACAAUAUGAUAUGCCGUAUUGUGUUACUUAGCUGGAGUUGGUAUGUUGUUGAUAGAAAUCACUAUCGUGUCCUCUUUUGUUUUACAUUCUCCCCAAUUAUAGUGUAUAUCCUGGACAGGCGGGCCCAAAAGGCCUCAUCUCACUUUUCAUCAGGUGGGGUUGUGGCUAAAAAAAACUUCUCGAAAAUUCGGUACUCUGCUUUCGAAAAUGUUCCAAUGCUACUAAAGAGCAUGCAAGCAAAUCAGCAUGUUACUAAGACACAGGAUUGGGGUUUUUAUAUAACGCUUCGUGUUUCCCACUUGAGUGCCAUGCCCCCAUUAAAACAUAUUUUUUAAUUUUUAAAAAACUCAAUUGUUUAAUUAAGAAACUUUAAUGAUAGGUUUUACUUGGAAAUUGAAAACGAAACACAGAAAGUUUGUACAAAUAUCGAUUUUUUUUGUAAAUUUUCGAAUAACCAAAUCUCCCCAAGUUGGGAAAUACUAAUAUAACGCCUAAUUAACGCAUUCGUUGAACAUGUACGCAUGAGGGAGCAUAUGUUACCUGUAGAUAGGAUAGUUAUGACAUCUGGUGCUAGGGUAUAAAGCUCUUUCCGCAACUUUGUACUAUAAUCUAUUCAAGUGCAGAUUCAUUUGACGCAAUACAUAUUUUCAUAAUGCCACAAUGUAACUCUAUGCCUGGAGUAUAAGGGCAUUGUGUAAAGGCUGAGCUGUCAAAAUUCUAAAUUUAUUGCACAGUUAGAUAAAAUUCAAUGCUUUUGAAUACCAAGUGUAAAUAACUUCAAAUUUAAGUUGUCCUAAAACGUUAAGUUAAUUGGUUGUAACUAAAUUAGUGCCUUGUUUUGAUGAAAUUGGUCCUAUCGAGAAUGGAUUGAGCGAUGCUGAGAUGUAAACGAGGGGAUGUUUUGUCCUUGUCUUAAGUAAUGUAUAAAAAAGAGAUAACCUAGUCUCGAUUGCUCAGUCUAUUCGUUGUACAUUUUAUUCUCUUUUAAUGAAAUAUGGCUUUUACGCCUGUGAUAGUAUCGUAAGCGAUUUCUUUUUGCUCAAAAUUUGAUUUCUCCUUACGAUUUGUACUUAUAGUUGAUGAAAUUUGUAAGACUGUAUUUUUUGUUAUGUAAAUUGUUAACUCCAGAUUAUAAAUAUAAGUUAUUUUGAGA